GACAGCUGUCAGUUGAAUUUUGUUUUGGAAUGCAGAAUUUUUCUCACGAAAGCAAAAUUUUCCAGCAUUUUUCCCACAAAUGAGCGAAAAUCAAGCCUACUGCCGUUUGUGUCUGCGUGCUGAUGGGUUCCUGGUGUCCAUUUUUGAGGACAAGGACGACAAAUAUGAUCAGCUAAUUGAGGAAUACACCAGUGUUCUGAUUAGGGAAAACGAGGAGAAUCUCCCUGUGACAGUGUGUACAGGAUGCCUGAGGUACAUUGAGUCCUUUCGCUCCUUCAAGCUUCAGUGCAUAAAGAACGAUGAACUUCUCCGGAAGGGAAUUCUGGGGCAACCCGUCAAGGAGGAAUUCGAUGAUAUCCCCAAUAUUGCGGCUGAUGUUACAUUCGCGAGUAAUUCCCCGGAGCCAGAGGGACCACCUGAUUCACCGGGCUAUGCAGAAAGUUUACCAGAUGCCGUGAAGUUGGAAAAGGACAUUGAGACGAGUGAUGAUGACUUCCCACUGUCGACGUAUCAGGUGAAGCCCAAGAAGAAGCGAAAACCCUACAAGAAGCGCGUGAAGAAGGUUAAACAGGAGGAAACUGAACCCACAGAUGGGGAGACAAAGAAGAAGAAAAAACAGCAGAAUAGAACACUCAAAGUGUGCUACAUUUGCGGGAAGACCACCACGAAUCAGACUCUGCAUCUCAUCCGACACUCCGAUAUGACGCCCUACAAGUGCGACUAUCCCGAUUGUACAAAGUCCUACAAGACCUACCUAGGGCUCAGAUAUCACAAAUACACCCACACGGAUUAUCGGCCGCAUGUGUGUGAGAUUUGUGGCAGAGGAUUUGCAAGGAGGAGCAAAAUGGUUGUCCACAUGCUGGUGCAUACGAAUGAGCGAAACUUCCCCUGUGAGCUGUGUGGAAAGGCCUUCAAGCAGAGAUACAAUCUCAUUGCGCACCGACGCACCCACACGGAUGAUCGCAAGGAAAAAUGUCCUGACUGUGGAAAGUGCUUCCUGACGCGCCAUGAACUGGGCAAACACGCGCGUAUUCAUCGGAAUGAUGAGCAUCCCUACAAGUGCAACAUUUGCACGUACAGCACGCUCUACAAGGCGAGCUUAAACAGCCACAUGAACAAGGUUCAUGGGCUAAAUCACUGAAUCAACGUUCCCUGGAAUGGCUGGGACAAAAUGUUGUGCUGCGGUGCGAAUUGCGCGGGAGAGAAAACGAGAGUUUCACGCGGAUUCACGCUCGGGCUGAUGACCCCGCGCAAUGUGCCCGAGAGAGAGCCUGUGCGCAAUCUUUUGUCUCCUCCGGGAGCGUAUGUGUGAAAUUCUCGCGCUCUGCUGGACACAGAUUUCGAUGGAUCUUUUGUACCUCCAGGUGCCGCAAUUGCGUCAACAAUGGAGGAGACACCAACCCACCCACCUACGUGCUCUCAAUGAUCACCGUCAGUUGUGCUGAAACUCUCGUUGUGUCUACACUCUCCGUGCGCAUCGCUGCUCCUCUUAGAAUGGUUCUUGUGCAAUUUUCAAUUCUCUAAACUUCUUGUGUGCUCAUCAUCAUAAAGUUCUUUGCAAAAUUUUGUAUUCUUUUCAUCCUAAAUCGCUAAGAAUUCAGAGAAAGAGAGAGAAAUGAUCAAAAUCCUAGGUAAUGUAAUUUCCUCACAACAUUUCAUUUAAAAAAAAGUGAAUUAAUUUUAGAAUUUAUACAUACCUUAAAUAAAUAAAUCGCAAUAAAAGCCAAUGUACAUUUCCCGCCAAAAAAAUCACA